UGCAACAGGGUUUCAGGAAAGGGCGGGGCUUCUGCUUUCAGCUGCAUUGUGGGAGCGGGAAAACGCCACAAAUAGUCACGUUGCUCAACUGUGGGGUUUUCUACGAAGUCGUCGUUACAAGAGUAAAACAUGUCUAUUGGUGUUCCCAUCAAAGUCCUGCAUGAAGCAGAGGGUCACAUCGUGACCUGUGAGACAAACACGGGCGAGGUGUACAGAGGCAAAUUGAUCGAAGCAGAGGAUAACAUGAACUGCCAGAUGUCCAACAUUACAGUGACCUAUCGAGAUGGCAGAGUGUCUCAGCUGGAGCAGGUGUAUAUUCGCGGCAGCAAAAUACGCUUCCUCAUUCUGCCAGACAUGUUGAAAAAUGCCCCUAUGUUGAAGAGCAUGAAAAACAAAAACCAAGGAGCAGGAGCUGGAAGAGGCAAAGCUGCUAUUCUCAAAGCUCAAG